UUUAUGUGCGUUACACUUAGUUUAAAUACACCAGGACAUUUUGUGUCAAAAUUUUAUGAGCAGUAAUUCGAAUAGGUAAAUUAAUUUGUCAGAAAGAAUAUAAAAGUUCCGGGAAUGCUUUUUCAGUUGGGAGGAGUGUAAUAUAGUGGCGUCAACGACUUCAAGGGCGCUGCAGCCUCCCGCUACUGGUCCGUUGUUCAUCAUAGGCGUUCUAUUUAGCCGGCUUCAUUCAGCCGUCGUUGGCGACUUACAGCGCACGUAUCAUAUAAAAUCGUCAAACAAACAUGCAGUCCGUACUGAUCGAAGUAUUCCACCAGUUGUAAAUGAACUUGUUUCUUAAAUAAGUAUCAGGAUAUUAUGUCAACAAUGCCGGUUUUAUUACUAUUAAGUGCAUUUUUUUUCACAGCAACUAGUGCAGACUUUUCAAAUGAUCUAAGUGAUGUAGACAAUGUUUUUCGAAAAUGUUGCCCACGAGGUCAAAAUUUGGUUAAAGUGUUGGACUUCAAUGAAACUAUAAGUGAAUAUUUUGAAUGUGUUGAUAGGGGUGGUUCAAUAAAUUUGUUUAAAAUAAACAGUGAACCACUGUAUGUGAGCGAAAGUGUUAAGGUUAAUCACGGAAUUCCAUUAGAUUGUCGUGAUUUACAAAUGACGACAAUAGUUGCUGGAGACGAAUUAGUUCCGUUGGCAGAUAACUGUUAUGACCGUCUCGUUGCUGAAGUUGUUAAUGGUACCUUGGUACAAAGCGUCCCUAAGUCAGUAGUUUUAGUUUGCAAUCGUAGUGAUGUAUCAGUCAUACCAAAUUCGCAUCUAAGAAUACAACAGGUAAGGAAAUGUUGUCCCAGAGGACAAAAAUUUGAUGUACAACAUCAUGAGUGCAGAAUAAGCGAAGAUGCAGUAAAUGACAUUCAGUCACCUUUUUUGAAGUCAGACCGAUCCAAAGGAAGUAUUUAUGAAAUAAGUGAUGGACUUCCCUGCAAAGUUAAUGAAUAUACUGUAGAGCUGACCGAAGAAAAAUUUAAUUUGUCUAUAGAUGGCAGUACUUUAAAUGUAUUCAGUAGAGAUGGUUUAAAUGGAAGAACUUUCAUGCCCGACGAAUGGUGUCUGGAGGAGAAAUACGGAGGGAAAGAAUUAUUGGCUCAAGUGUGCACUCAUAACUGUGAUAGUUUAAAUGCUUAUUGUGUGAGAAAAUGUUGUCCACCAGGACAACACUUUAGGCCACGGCACUGUGGCACUUUAGCUAGUGCCUGCGUGCCUAACGAUGAUCCGGAUGUCAUGUACAAUAUAUCUUCUUAUUUGGACCCCCUAAAAGAAAAAUUUAACGAUUUAUUUGAUGUUAUGGGUGUAAGGGUUGGAUUGACUUGCGUCCACAAAAGGUACGCCUUAAAUACAUCAGUCCCUCAAGACGUGCACUGGAUGACGAGGGACGCUCACCUGGAGACUGGGACUCUCCUCACAAACCAGUACUGCCUUGAGAUGUUCGAUCGUCGCGACUGUCCCACCAAAGACGUCCUCGUCACUGCCGUACUCUGUUUCAUACCGGCAAACCCCGAACCAAAAGAUUUCCGCAUAUCAUUUAUAAUUAUAGCAAUUUCAAGCGUAUGUUUAGCGCUCACAUUGCUGGUAUACAUCAUGUUGCCAGAGUUAAGAAAUUUACAUGGACAAACUCUUAUUUGUCACGUGAGCAUGAUGCUGCUAGCUUUCACCUGCCUCGCAAGAGUUCAACACAGCGUUGUUCCUGAUACAAAUAUUUGUACAAUGCUAGGUUAUGGUAUAUAUUUUGGAUUUGUAGCGGCAUUUGCUUGGCUCAACGUCAUGUGCUUCGACAUCUGGUGGACAUUUGGGAGUAUCCGUUCAGUAAAGCCGCUUCGAAAGUCUCAUUCGGAACGCCGGCGGUUUUUGUGGUAUUCUCUGUACGCAUGGAGCGUGACAAUAUUGCUAACGGUGACAAUGUAUCUGUUGGAUAAAUAUCCUGUGUCUGAUCUCCUUGAUGCUGAAAUUGGAACCAUGUCGUGUUGGUUUGGUUCAGCACAGAACACGGAAUCAGAUUGGCCACAUUAUAUAUUCUUCGUGGUUCCAAUGGGUGUGGUGACUUGCACUAAUUUCAUCCUGUGGCUGCUCACUGCCCGGCAUUGUGCUCAAGUGAAGUCAGAGGUUCAUCGCCUCCAAGCCGGGUCGGUUGGUGACCGAGCAAAAAAAAGAUUUCGGAUUGAUAGAGCAAAGUACGUUCUAACUGGGAAGCUGUGGGUGGUAAUGGGUGCAGGUUGGGUGUCGGAGCUAGUUUCAACGUUAGUCUCACAACCACAAUGGCUUUGGAAUAUAGUGGAUCUUAUUAAUGAAAUGCAAGGAGUUUUUAUAUUUCUUAUACUUGUAGUGAAACCGAAGCUAUAUUACCUUAUCCGGAAGAGGCUUGGUUCAUCCCCGACACCGAUUGAUACAAGAAUGGAAAAGCCGAAUACUCAGAACAACGCUACUUCAUCGUCAGGGAGGACUUCAUCAACUUUUCUAUCUCGGACUAUCAGUUCUGACGAACGUGGUAAUUUGAGGAUCACACCUAAUAAUAUCAAACAGAUUUAGUAUUUUGUCUGACUGUAUACAGAUCUUGUUAUUAUACGCUUAAGGUUUAAUUUAGCACGUCUUAAAUAAAUUUUGUUGUUAAGUAUUUGCACUCGCAUAUAUAAAUAACUUUAUUAAAAGUAUUGCUCUUCUCGUGGCUUUAAAUAUAUUUAAAAUAUGAUUAAUGGAAUGGCUGUCGGAGUAAUAAUGUAAAAACUGGGGUUUGUUAAAUAAUCAUGUGAUGAUUCUUUUAUUAAUAUUCAUGACCAAAAUCUAUUUAGAUAGUUGAAUAAUAACACUAUAGUAGAAGAUAAUUCAAAUAUGUUUUGUAAUGUAGAUGUGAUUACAAAUUUUUAAACAUUUUUGCAGUAAUUAAGAUAUCUACUACUGUGCUAAAAUUUUAUUUUAAUUGUAAAAUUAUAUUUUUGUGUUAAUUUUUGCAAAAUUAGAAUACUAAAUAUUAUUGUCUAGUCAUACUGUAAGAUAUAAAAAAUAAAUACGAUUACCAUACGAAAGUUAGUGUUAGUUGAAUAAUUUACAACUUUUGAAGGUGACUUAUUUUAUAAACAGCUAAGCGUUCAAAUACACCAACGGCACGUUGCCAACUGAAGUCCUCAAAAAAUAGGAAAUUCUUUAUCACCUAUUGACAAAGUGUUGAGAAAGACUUCUCUUACUCUAUCGAUGUCUACACAAAAAAAAUACACUUGAACAGUGCUUUGGUCUCUUAGUACUGACAAAAUGUAAUAUGUUUAUGAGAACUGAAUUCAAAAAAUUAUCGUAUAAAAAGUAAACAAACAUAAAUGUUCGUAAUACAUUAACAAGAAUAUGUUAAAAUUUUUUAAUUUUUUGUCAUGGAAACGUCAUGUAUACUUUUGUAUAGCUGAUUAUGUUUUAAAUAGUUAUACAAUAAUAAUGAUUCCUAACUGUGAAAAGUUCGUUUGUUAUUUUUUUUGAAUUGUGCUUACAUAUAGAAGAUUAAGAUUUAAAUGUUAAGUUAUAUGAAUAUUGAUUAUACUUAAUUAUUAUCUGUCAUUCCAAUGCUGUGUUUCAUUAAAGAUACAUUUUUUAUUUAUACGUAUAUAUAGUUUUUUAAGCACCGUCACCAUUUCUAAAAAUACUCAGCGUAUUUCACACGUUCAAGAUUUUUAAGUAAAUAGAAGAUAAAACGAGAAAAUGUGAUUAAUUUAAUAUAUAAAUAACUGGGCAAUUCAAUAGCAAGAAAUAUAUCUUUUAUAAUAAUUUAAUAACCUACGAUUUCUUGGCAAUUUUUUUAAUAUUUGUAUUAACGGGAGGAAAUUGGUACCUAUUAAAAAAACCUUAACUUUGAUUUUGUUGAUAUGUGUAUUUUUUUAUACCAAAGUCUACUUGAUGGAAGGUAGUCACCGUCACCCAUAGAUAUCUGCAAUCGAUAUAUGGUUUCUCCCACCUUUGAUAUAAUAGUAAGGUAACAUAAAAUUUAUCUGUUCUAAGAUUAUUGAACAUAUAAAAGACCUGAUAUAGCGGUAGAAUAUUUAAAAAACUCAUUGUAUAUAAAUCACCAUGUUUGAAUAUUUUCGUUAUUAAUUGAGCAAGUACAUUCUCAUGUUAUAUAUAUUUUUAUAUAUACUUUAUAUUGAAUUGCUGCUAUUAAAGAGUUAAGGGGAUAUUUUUUCAUAGUACCUACCGCAUUAGAAGCAACACAGUAAAUGAUUUGUCCCUGGAAGAAUAAAUAAGUAAUACAAAACAAGUGCUUUGGUUGUUUAAACAAAUUCGAGCUUCGCUUUGAGACUAUAUUUAAAGAGUAAUGCAUAUUUCAUAACAUCUCUUCUUUACACAAAUUGAGUCUAUGGUAUUGAGUGAGGAUUUACUACGGUUUUAUUCAAAAUAUUUUUUCUUACAUUGUCAUUUUUUGAGAAAGUUUUGCAUGGAACGUAUAAUGUAGUUUAAAGCUAUCUUCAAAAUUAUGAAUUUAUUUACAACAGCAUUCUUAUACAGAAAGGUUAGACGGUAUACAGCUUUGCAUAAAAUUUCGGACAACGGAUUGGAGUGUCUUUGGAUAUAACUCGUUGUAUACUCAUAAAAAUGUGACAUCGAUUUAGGAAAAAAUUAUUAAAAAUUUCUAUUUGAUGGAAUAAGUUAAAAAUAUAUACGAUAUAUUAUUA